AUGGCUUCCGAAGAGAAUGUCCUGGCGACGCUUCCUCUCCCUCCAUCUGCUUUUCCUGACUAUCCAUUAGUAUCUGGAACAACACCGACCAGUGACAAAGAAACUACAAUUGAACGUCGUCCAAGUCGUUCGAAACUACCGGCAUCUGCUGUUAAAGCUUCGUCCGCAGCUCGUUCACUCGCCGCCGCUGCUCGUUCCAAAUUGUCAAUAAAAAACGGGCGUAAUACUCUGUCGCCUGGCGACAAAAGUGAUAGCUCUACGUUGUCUGAUACGGAAGAAGAGUCAAGAAGAUCAAGUGAUUCUUUAACGUUAAUGGCUUCAGCUGCAGGUUCGUUAACUUCCGGCUUUACGUCCUCAUUAGCCAAUGCAUCAUCUUCAUUUGGUUCAAUGCUGUAUUCAUCUCGACGGUCCAGUGUCAAUAAUAUUGACGACGUGGACGAAUCCCGGACGAGCACUAUCGAAGAAGCUGCAGCUGUUGCCGCUCAAGUACUUCAACAGGUGAACACACAGCAGAGAAUGACCAUUUUGGAACAUCUUGUACAGGAUCGACGCUCGGACUGGUAUUAUCUCAAGAUUAUGCAUGAAGGUUCUAAUUACUGGCUUAAUGUCGCAUUGCUACGAGAGCAAGAAGUGAUGAAAUAUCUGGGCGAUAAACAAAGUAUCCGUCGGGGUACACAGUUUUUCUAUCUCGGACUUGGACUUGGGAAAUUAGUUGGUGAUUCAAUGCACGGGAAGCAACUAGCAAUUGAGUGUUGUCAAUUAUUAGAAGAACUUGAGUUUCAUUUCUCGUCUUCAACGGUGCAGGGCAUGAAAAUGAUGGUUGCAACGUCGAGUACGCUUCAUGAACCUCUUGAUAAGAAAAAUAGUCUCGAGUUCUCAAGUGAUGAGCCUUUCCGACCAAUCAUGCACAAGUGGAAUCAACGUCCAGUAUACCGCCGCCUCAUGACGCCUCCUAUCCCCUUUCCACUCGAUUACCGAGAAGUGCUGCUUUCCUUGUGCGAUAUCCUGGCACUCGUUUACAGCAAACUGAUUGGGGACAGUAGUGCCUCGGAGAACGUGAAUGUGUUUCAGGCUAUAAUUCGAUUCGAUGAUCGCAUAAAGAAACUAGUUAUCGAUCCUGUCAAGAAGGAGUUUUCAGCUGUUGCAUCGCAAGUCAUGGCGGAAGAGAUGAGACUUGUUCGAAAGUCGUACGCAUCCGGCGCUCGGGAUAGCGAAGGCAGCUCGUGUACCACCUCAGUCUCGGUAACAGCCUCAGAUCCAGAUAACGCGUCUUCGUUCAGUCAAUAG